AUGGCUAAUCCCGGCCUGAACCGAUUCCGAGGCGACGCCGCUUCAUUUUCCCCGAGCCAACAGCCGGCAAUGCACCAUAUGCUGCAACAGCAGCAGCAGCAGCAGGCUCACAUGUACGCCCACUACAUGUACGCAGCAGCUCCUCAAAUGGUGCCGAAUUACUAUAUGAACCCAUAUAUGAUGCCCAAUAUGCCAUACGAUUUUUCUCAGUAUCAAGGUACAUAUCCAUAUCCAGCACCACAGCCACAGCCUUAUGGAGCCCCACCGUUUUCCCCGACUUUUUCCCCGGCAAAUCCAUACAAUGUGGCACCUAGACAUAAGGUGAAACUGUCAAAAGCUGCAUACGCACAGAAGGCUGCCGACCCUAAUGCCAACUUCCAGCCCAGCGCCGCCACCGUGAUGGCUCUCCAGCAAAAAGCGGGAGCUGAGAGAGAGAAGGAAGAGAAUGAAGAGAAUGGUAAGGAGAAUGGAGAGAAUGGAAAAAGUGAGAAUGGUCAACUUGACCAAAAUGAUCAAAAUGAAAUUGGCCAAAAUGGCCAAAAUACCCAGCCAAAAAACGUCCCCUCGCAAUACCCCAUACUAUUUAACUGCACCCAAGCCGACUUGUCGCUGGACCACCGCCGGCCACUUUCCACCAACCAGCUGCGCCGCUUAUCGCAUUUUCUCCAGUCAAAACCCGGUCCCAUCUACAUAAACCACGACCCUAUCACCAUCUUCAAUCAUAAUGACGAUACCCGUACUCGCAGCAAGGAAAAUUCCGCCAAGUCGGACGUGGACCUGAAAACGAAAGACAAGCUUGCUGGUAACUGGGCGUCGGUAUUGUUGCAAAGUGCACCCAAGAAAAAGCGUUCCGUACCCGCCUCUACGUCCUCCUCGCAACAACCCUCAACAACCACUACAACAUCAAAUGCCUCUAUUCACCCAUCACCUGCUCCACCGGCUGCUGCUUCUCCAGAACCAAUUGGCUCGCUUGUGCUCCGCAUAAUGUACCAGCAUGUAACGGUAGCACCGUUCAAAAUCCGAGUCAAAGGGCUCACGAAUACCGGCAACAUUUGCUAUAUGAAUGCGGUGCUUCAGGUGCUCCUCUACUGUGAGCCUUUCAACCGCAUGUUAAAGGCUAUCGAGACAAAGACGGCAGCGAGUUUAGGCAAAUCUGACACUCCUCUUUUGGACGCUACCAUCAAGUUCUUUGAAGACAUGAGUGAGCCUCUGAAAAAAGCAUUGUCUCCGGACGACUUCUACAUGCGGUUGAUUGCCCACGACAAGUUCUCUCACUUGAAAUGGGGCCAACAGGAAGAUGCUGAAGAAUUUCUCAAUCUUUUUUUGGAUGGUCUUCGCGAAGAAUUUAUAGCUGUUGUGCGAGGCUUGACACCAGAACAGGUUAAUAGAGUUCUCGAGCAUGGAGGAGAUGAAACAUAUCGCCAAAACGUCAAGGCGGCAGUCAAUAUGAUUCAGAAGAAAAAAGACGACAAUGAUGAAGGGUGGAAUGAAGUUGCUGGUACCAAGAAAGCUUCCGCCAAGCGCACCGUCCAAGUCGAACCAUCGCCAAUCUCGAUGAUUUUUGGUGGCCAGUUCCGGUCGGUUUUACAAGUUCCCAAGAGUAAAGAAGCACAGUCUAUCACAUUGGAUCCAUUUCUGUGCGUUCCUCUCGAUAUUUCUGAUGAUAGCAUCACCACCAUCGAAGAUGCUUUUGUCAGGUUUGGAGAGACUGAAGAAUUGGCAUUCAAAGAGGUGGUUGCAAAGAAACAAACCUUUAUCGAUCAACUUCCUCCUAUCCUACUCAUCCAGUUAAAACGAUUCCUGUACCAGCUAGGAGAAAAUGCUGGAGGCAUUGAAAAAUUGAAAAAGAAAGUUGCAUAUUCUCAUACCCUCACUUUACCCAACGAGUGUCUUUCGCCGGCUCUCAGAAAGCACGCUGGAGCGGGCUCCAAGACAUACCGGUUGCUGGCGGUGGUAUACCAUCAUGGAGUUGGGGCCGAAGGAGGACAUUAUACUUGUGAUGUGUUGAGAAAGCUGUCGUUAUACGAUCACGAGCACGAGUCGGAAGGUAAGAUGGUGGAUGCUGAGUGGAUACGGAUUGACGAUACUCAUAUUGAAGUUGUUGAGAGAGAUGAGGUGUUGGAAGGAAGUGAAGAUAGUACCAAAAACGCAUAUAUCUUGAUGUACCAGCGAAGUUCAUAG